AUGUCGCCCGAUGUCGGCUCAAGCAGAAGCCUGCCGAAUGCAACCCCUUGUCUUAGCUAUUGGCAACGAACGACUCGGGGAUUUCCCUAUCUCUUUGAACAUCAGUUCAACCCCGUACCCGUGACGUCCAAAUAUGUCAUUAUCGGUUCGGGAAUCGCUGGUGGACUAACGGCAUUCUCGCUUCUGGAAGCGGGUGUGAAAGCAGAAGACCUCAUCAUUCUUGAGGCGCGCGAGGCAGCCAGUGGGGCGAGUUCUCGGAAUGCAGGUCAUGUUCGACCUGACGCCUUUCGAGGGUUCAAUGCUUAUGCGAAAGUUCACGGGCCGGAACAGGCUCUCAAAGUUAUCGCCAACGAGCGUCUUGUACUAGAAAAGGUCGACGAAUUUGUCAAGAAACACAAUGUGCAGUGCGACUUCAAUCUUACAACCACAUUCGACGUCUGCAUGACCGAGGAAUUCGCAAAGUACGAAGCAGAGAGUCUCACCGCGUAUGAGCUUGCAGGAGGUGAUAUUUCGCACAUUAAAGUCUACAAAGGCAAAGAAGCCCAAGAUAAGACGAGGAUCUCAGGAGCAGUAGCUGCUUACGAAUGGCCCGCUGGCUCCAGCCAUCCCGCUAAACUGGCACAGUUUCUGCUCCAAGCCCCAAAGAAAUCAAACGCAACGGCGAAAAAGUGGGAUAUUAUGACGUCCAAGGGCGUUGUAACGGCAGAGAAAAUCAUCCACUGCACGAAUGCCCACGCUGCCCAGCUUCUUCCGUAUUUGGAGCCUUAUUUGCGACCAAACCGUGCCCAAGCACACACAUUGGUUCCGACGCCAGCUUUUGCAUCGAGAAAUGCUCUGCAAAGCACAUUUUCUUUGCGCUAUAGUCUUCACCACUUUUACUCGCUGAUCCAGCGUCAAGGAGACGGAACCCUUGUUCUGGGUGUAUCACGAUCUAAUCCGACCCUUAGUGCUGAGACAUUAGCUGGCCGAUUCAGCACCGAUGAUUCCCACUACAAUGAUGAAAUGGUGGAUGAUGCGCUUCGCAGUCUCGAUAAUUUCUUCCCAGAGUUCCAUCUUACACAAGCUCGACAUGGGGAGGGUCUGCAGGACGCUUGGACGGGUAUUAUUGCCAUGACUACGGACUCUGUGCCGUUUGUUGGUGAUCUGGGUCAGGGGCAGUAUAUUUGUGCUGGGUUCAAUGGGCAUGGCAUGGCGAGGAUAUUUACUUGUGCGCCUGGUGUUGCCAAGCUUGUGCUUGGUGGACAUUGGAGUGAGACUGGCUUGCCUGAAUGCUUUGAGCUUAAUCAGGAGAGGCUUGCGCGGAUGUCAAAUGGGGAACUACCAUCAAUAUGGUGA